AUGCUUCCUUUUCUACUCAACCGUGCAUUUGUUUUAACUACUCUACUUUGUCUUGGUUUUAUUCUUACAAUUUAUUUUGUUCAGUACAAUCAAAAUCCAUUACCAUUUUUCAGUUCAGUUUUUUUCACUGAACAGCACACCGAAUCAGAAUGGUCAGAAUUAUACGCUCAAAUCGAACUACUGCAACCAUAUGAAGAAAAAACUUAUACGAAAUGUCCCUAUCAACCAUCAAACUCCAUUUACAAAUAUUCACUACGCUAUUGGAAAGCCAUCAAUGAUACAGAAAUUAGACAAGCAAAAUUCAAUUGGCAAUCAUUUGUUAGAACAAUUCCAAAUUAUCCGCAUGGGAAUUAUUCUGGUUAUGGUAUUGUGAGUUCAACAUCUACGAAUGAAAAUUUUCAACGAACAUUAGCUCAAAUCAAAUUGUUGAGAUGGUUAAAUUGUCAAUUACCAAUUGAAAUAUACUCAUUUGAAGGUGAACUGAAUGAAACAGAAGUUAUCACCUUACACACAGUGCCUGAUGUCCAAGUAAAAUUUAUUAAUGAUAUUGUUGACGAAGAAAAUCGUAAUGUACCCCGUUAUGCCAUUAAACCGAAUGCUAUUUUACAGUCUCGAUUUAAACAUGUUUUGUGGUUAGACUGUGAUAACAUACCAGUCAAAGAUCCAACAUAUUUAUUUCAUACAGAGCAUUAUAAACAAUCAACGGCAAUGUUUUGGCCAGAUUUUUGGAUAUCAUCAUCGUCAAAUCCUGUUUGGCGUAUAUUUGAUCUGGAAUGUCGUCAAGAAGAUUAUGAGCAAGAAAGUGGUCAAAUUCUCAUUAACAAAGAAACAGCAUGGAAACCAUUGAAUUUGGCCGUGUAUCUAAAUAAAGAUCCAUUUAUACAAAAUAUUUUGAGAGGUGAUAAAGAAACGUUUCGAUUAGCAUGGAAAGUGCUAAAAGUGCCAUUUUAUUUUAUUCGAAAAUUUUUGGCUGUGGGUGGUUUUGAUUAUGUUAAAGUUGACAAAAAUGGUAAUCGUAACCUAUCUAAAACUGACUUCUGUGGUCACACAACGAUUCAACAUGAUCCCAAAGGUGAUAUCAUUUUUCUUCAUUUAAAUGCAAUUAAAUACAAUUCGUAUAUCAAAUAUCCAGUAGAGUUAAAACAUAUUCCACUCAUUGGUAAACAAAAUCCAUGGAAAACUUAUCGUCGUUAUUCAAAUACACAUGCUUAUUUUCGACCACAAAUUAUAGAUACUAAUAAUUCUGACUGGUGUACUUAUUUACCGAUGGGAGAACACGAUCAUUACCCACCUGUAUUUGAAACAGAUUUUCAUACACUCGUAGCGGCAAAUAUCACAGCAAAAUAUAUUGACUAUGGCGGAUUACUAUUAAAAACAAGACGAAGAAAAACAAAGGAAACAAGAAUUGAAGUGGUAGAUCGGAUUUGGAACUAA